AUGUAUAACGCCAAUUCUGAUUCGAGUGACAUAUCAACUCUAGCAUCAGCUUCCAGUAGCAGUAAUAGCACCAAUGUGAGUAUUUCUUCGUUAAUAUCACCUACAAUAUCUAAUACUGCCGUUCAUACUUCCAAUAUACAUCCGCCAUUUACAUGCUCAAAUUGUUAUUUAAAAACUGAAAAAGAUGUGCUGCUGAUAUUACGUAAAACAAUAAUAGAACAUAAAUUGGCAAUAGUGCAAAGAAGAUUAAGUUUUCAAGAUCGCGCAAAGUAUGUUGUGAAUGGCAAUGUAUUCGUUUUUAAGGAGAAGGAAAGUGGGAUAAAGAGAUGGACUGAUGGUUUAACUUGGUCAAGUAGCAGAUUAAUUGAUAAAUUUUUGGUUUACAAACAACAAAAACAAGAUGCUACGGGCAACACCGAAGAAAAAUUACUGUAUAAAAAGACAUUUUCUUUGAAAUUCAAAGGCGAUAUAAUACAUAUAAUAUCAUAUUAUAACCGAAAGGAAAGGGGGCACGGUUAUAUUAAAGAAAUGAAAAGUGAUGAUGACGAUGAUGAUGAGUUUGACGAUGUACCUCAGGAUUGUGUACAACCCAGUAACAAUCCAUUUUUCACUAGUAAUGUCUAUGAUACUACAGAUAAUAAUAAUGGUCUUCAGAGCAAUUAUAAUGCCGAAGGUGCUAAAGAGUUAGAAUUAAUACUGAAUGCUUAUUGGACAAAUCACCCAGCAGUGUAUAAAAAUACCGAUAAAACUACUACAACUAGCCCACAUCGAAAAUAUAAAAAGAAAAAAAAGAAGACAAAAUCUUUGAAUUAUGGUAUAGUCGAUCAAAUACUAAGUGAGUUGGUAGAGCAUAAUAAGAAUAAUACCUUAAAAACAUUAAGCGAAAUUAUCAAUUACAAUAAGAGCGGACAUAAUAGUAACGCCGAUGGUUUUAAUGAACAAAAUACAAGUGUAAUUGGCCAAAGAGUGAACAAAAUAAAACAAACCGGUAACAAUAACAUAAGUUCUGUUAACAAUGAUAGUAUAAUGACUUUAUCUGGGUUAAAUAUUCGACAAGAAAUUGCUAGAGCUGAUGUUACUGCGGCUAAAACCGUAGAUUCUAAUAGCAUUAACAGUAUUCCCUACUUAAUGAAUAAUGACGUUAACAAUAAAGCUGCAUUGUUACCUACCACAGUUUCUCACGCUAAUAUUUCUUUGCAAUAUAAUAUAAACGUACCUCCUCCUCCGAUGUACCUUUAUAAUAACCAUAAUAACAACAAUUAUAUCAAUGCUACCAAUGAAACUAAUUAUAGUAGCCGUAGUAAUAGUUAUUCCAGUAGUAUAUGUAGUAGUAGCUUCAAUAGUAAUGCACCUAAUUUUAGUAUUCUUGGGUCUAACAGUGUUAGCUCCAAUAGUAGUGUUAAUAUGGCAAAUAAUGGAUACAUGAGUAAUAGGAGUAGUAUAUUUAGUAGUAGAAGCAGCAGCAAUAACAUUACCAAUGCCACCGCCAAUAUUAACCUUUAUAAUAAUAAUGAUGAUGAUAAUAAUAAUAAUAAUAAUAAUAAUAAUAAUAAUAAUAAUAAUAAUAAGAGUUCGGUUCAUAAACCAAUAAAGUGCAAUGGUGUGGUGAUAACGGAUUUUACCCGCGAUUUUAGCGAUAGAAAUAGUACUAAGGACAUUGUCGAGUUUAAUGAUGAUGUUGUUUCUCGUGAUGGAAGUGUUGAUGUUAAUAAUAAUAACAAAAAAAAAUUGCCCAGUAUUACUCAAUUGUCUUUGCCAUUGAAGUACUGA